AUGUCUAAAGUGACUAGAAUACUGUUGCUGGAUGUGCUGGCUGUGGAACAACCACCUUCUCUCACGGACACUCUUAAUGACACGGCUCACAACGUAACAAUUGAAAUGACAGAUUUUCAGUCAUAUGUCAUGGAAAUGCGUGCAUUUAGAGAAGAAAUCCGUGAAGAAAUCAGAGCUCACCGUUUGGAGGCCAAGCGACUUAAUGAUAGUGUGGUCAUGCUUGCAAAUCGAAUCGACAACUGUGAAAACGACAUUGAAUUGACCUGUAUACCCGAGCAGAAAGAGGAGAGUUUACUGCAUAUUGUGAGCGUGGUAGCGACAAAGCUGGGUGUUGAUUUGUCUGAGCAAGAUAUAGUAAGUGCUGCGCGUAUGGGGCGUACUAUUGAUGCCACACAGUCUUAUGCCAUACCCCGUCCGCGACCUAUUGUGGUACGUUUAGAGAGGCGUGCCACGCGGGACAAACUGCAUGAGGCUGCUAAAGUACGUCGUGGGGCUACUACGGAGGAUAUGGGCUUCUCUGGCAAGCCUUGUCGCUUCUUCAUAAAUGAAAGAUUGACGAAGCAUAAUAGGCAGCUGUUUAAAAAAGCUCGAGAUAUGGGGCGAAGCCUGGGUUGGCGUUACAUAUGGACCAAAGAUGGGCGUGUUUUUGCUCGUCAACGUCCAGGCAGCGACGCUCCACGCCGCCACCUUCGGACGGAGGCUGAUCUUGAUCGAAUUUUUGGUACGGCGACCAAACGCAUUGAUAAUACUUAA